AUGUCAACCGUGGGGGUAAAUUUGGCUGUUACUAAAGACGGUGAGAGCUACAACAAACUACAGCGGCCCGAUGGUUACCUUAUGUCGACGCAGCCGCCCUCCAUAUCCUCCUCGACAGCGUCCCCGACUGCAUACGGCAGCAAAAGAAAGUGCGCGCAAGAAGAGGCCGUUGGUGUUAAGCGCGCGAGGAUCGCGCGCAUCACAGCGCACCCAAAAAACCGGCCGCGCGCUGUAGAUUCGUACCAAGAGUAUGGGACACGGACGGUGCUACCAGGACUCGACGGUGAAGAGCAGUCAUCCGACGAGACCACAAGCGAAGCGUUGGCCUACCUUCACGGUGUCCGGUCUGAAGCAUCGGCGAUUCCCACUCUACUCGUAGCCCCAAACAAUGUCAACGCUGGCAAACUCGACUCAGACCAUGACGAAUCGCAAUACAGAAGCCCGAUGGAUACUCAACGCGUCAUAUACAGGGAAGGAACCUGGAUUGCCGUGGAUUGGGAGUACAACGCUACCAAGUGGGAAACAGACUCGUUCGCCCUUGAUCCACAGGAAGCUUGCACCAAUGCUCUCCUCCAGCGCUUUCGAAACCUUCGCAAGAAACUCGCCGAAAUGCGGAGGUAUGGACGACUACCAGACACAGCAGCGAGCCGCGCAAAAGUAGAGAAGUUUGGAAAGCAGAAAUGGUCGGAAACCAUAGAGAAGGACUUACCGAUUCUCCAAGAAAUCAUGCACAUUGACGAGCCGACGCUGUAUAUGGCUCUACAAGGCUGCACGUUAGCAUUGGGUCGAUCAGCUAAGAUAUCCCGGGAGAAGAGCAGCUGGAUAUGGACCUUGUUGGCCCUAGUUGGAGAUUUCGGUACUUUGGAUCAUGAGCGUGUGAGCAGAAUUCGAGACUUGGGGCUCAGCGCAGGCCGGCUAGUGGGCCGACUCUACGCAGACAACAGAACAUUGACGUGUGAUGCACAAGAAGGCGAGUGCACUAGUCCCGAGGUCCUAGAGACCGAUCCCAGAGAACAGACACAUGGAGCUCACGACACGAGACAUCUCGCGCCGAAAGUCACACAAACUCUGCGCGAUGUUUCGGAUGAGAAAGACAACGGAUUAGACACGACGUCCUUCAGAAAUGACAAUGCCGUACUCAGCCAAAACACAGUCAUUGAAGAGACGGAUGAUUCUGACGCAGAGAUGAUCAUGUCUGAGGAUGAAGUUGAAUCAGAAAGCAUUCCGGAAGAUGGAGGUCUUGAGGAAGCUCGAGCGCGUCUUCUUGCGCAACUCGGAGACCGCUUGGUACAUUCACAAGUGCCUCUGCCUCAUACGCCCCCAAUGCAAGUCCAUCAUCACCUUUCAAGGGUCGAGGCUGAGAGGCAGCGACAAGAAAUACGCCGAGGAGAGCUGCAGCAAACUGCGAGUGCCACCAAAUUGGCGCCAGUUUCCGAGCCGACGCAGGCCAAACCGCAGUCCAUUACCCCAUUGUCCGAGAGUGACUGGAACACGAAGGCAGCCAUCGACAUGAUUCUGACAGUUGUAGCCGAGUGCUAUGGACAAAGAGAUCUGCUGAAAUUUCGACUGCUCUGGUCCAUGCAGCGCAUUUCACCCCACUUUGUCUGCCCCGCGCUCUUCCAGGACGCCCUCCGAUAUACCUUCGCAUACCGUAAAGUCAGCCGAACAUCUAUCCGAACCUACAUUCUUGCACCCCGCCGCCGCUUCUCUACGCAAACUUCGCCCUUGGGCUUCGACGACGACAUGGGCAAAGAAGACAAGAACAAAUCGUUCAACCUGAAGGUGCCAAAGGGCACACGCGACUGGACUGGCGAGGAUGCCGCACUUCGCGACAACCUGUUCCAAACGGUAACGGAAGUUUUCAAGCGCCACGGCGCUACGACACUCGACACGCCCGUCUUCGAACUCAAAGAGAUCCUCAGCGGUAAAUAUGGAGAAGACUCAAAGUUGAUAUACGAUCUGCAGGAUCAAGGCGGCGAGCUCUGCUCACUGCGCUACGAUCUCACCGUUCCACUUGCACGAUGGCUCGCCAUGAACCCUAGCGUCCAGAGUUUCAAGAGAUACCAAAUCGCUAAGGUGUACCGCCGCGACCAACCAGCCAUGACCAAGGGUCGCAUGCGAGAGUUUUACCAAUGCGACUUCGAUAUCGCCGGUUCCUACGACGCCAUGAUUCCAGAUGCCGAGGUACUCAAGAUUGCGACCGACGUCUUCGAUGCGCUCAAGUGGGACUCGUACACGAUCAAGAUAAAUCACAGGAAGAUUCUAGACGGCAUGUUCAAGGCUGCUGGCGUCAAGGCAGAACUGAUAAGGCCGAUCAGCUCUGCUGUGGACAAACUAGACAAGCUACCAUGGUCAGAGGUCAAGCAAGAAAUGGAGACCAAGGGACUGCCAGCAGACAUCGCGGAUAAGAUUGGUGAAUGGGUGCAGCGCAAAGGCGGCGACGACAUCAUCGACUAUCUCAAGACAAACGAGACCCUUUCUCAAUCGGAAGAUGUCAGCCAGGGUGUUCGGGAGAUGGAACAGCUCUUCUCAUACCUCGAUGCUUUUGGUGCCCGCAAGAGGAUCUCUUUCGAUCUCUCACUCGCCAGAGGUCUAGACUACUACACUGGGCUCAUCUACGAGGUAGUUACAGAAGGCUCAGCACCGCGCGUAAAAGGUCAGCAGCAAGAAAUCGGCGUAGGAAGUGUCGCCGCCGGUGGUCGUUACGACGGGCUCGUGGGCAUGUUCAGUGGCAAGCCUAUUCCCUGCGUUGGCAUAUCUUUCGGCAUCGAUCGAAUCAUUAGCAUCAUGAAAGCCCGCGGCCAGUCGACACAGCGUGCCAAAGAUGUCGAUGCCUUCGUCGCAGCCUUUGGUGGUAAAGGCUUCACCGGCCUGUUGACAGAACGUAUGCAAGUCGCUCAAGAGCUAUGGGCUGCAGGCAUCAAGGCUGAGUUCUCGUACAAACUGAAGCCGAAACUCCCUCAGCAAUUCAAACAAGCUGAGGUGGCCGGUGUCCCGCUCCUCGUCAUCCUUGGUGAGGAUGAGCUCAAAGACGGCAAGGUCAAGAUUAAGGUCCUGGGAAUCAAAGACGACAACGACCCCGAGAAAGACGGUGUACUGGUGAACAGGACUGAUAUGAUUGCCGAGAUUCGGAAGCGACUACCAAGCGCAGCUUGA